CCUAGACAUAUAUAAAUGAAAAGCCAGUGAAUUAGGGCUUUCUCUCACUUGUUGAAGCCGCUUCUUCUUCUUCUUCCUCACUGUAGCUCGUCGUCGCUACACCAUCUGAAGACCCCAAACCAUGGCUGUCGGGAAGAACAAGAGGAUUUCAAAGGGUAGGAAAGGAGGAAAGAAGAAGGCUGUUGAUCCUUUCUCCAAGAAGGAUUGGUAUGACGUGAAGGCCCCUGCUUCAUUCACCAACAGGAAUGUUGGCAAGACUCUUGUUUCCAGGACUCAGGGUACCAAGAUUGCCUCUGAGGGACUGAAACACAGGGUUUUUGAGGUUUCUCUGGCUGAUUUACAAGUAGAUGAGGAUAAUGCCUACAGGAAGAUCCGUCUUAGAGCUGAAGAUGUUCAGGGAAGGAAUGUCUUGACCCAGUUCUGGGGUAUGGAUUUCACAACCGACAAGCUAAGGUCAUUGGUGAAGAAGUGGCAGACUUUGAUUGAAGCCCAUGUCGAUGUGAAAACCACAGACGGCUACACCUUGAGGCUGUUCUGCAUCGCCUUCACAAAGAGACGUGCUAACCAAGUGAAGCGUACUUGUUACGCUCAAUCCAGCCAAAUCCGUCAGAUUCGCAGAAAGAUGAGUGAGAUUAUGGUGAAGGAGGCUUCAUCUUGUGACCUCAAAGAGCUUGUGGCCAAAUUCAUCCCAGAGGCCAUUGGAAGAGAGAUUGAGAAGGCAACACAGGGCAUCUACCCGUUGCAAAACGUUUUCAUCCGUAAAGUGAAGAUCCUAAAGGCUCCCAAGUUUGACCUUGGAAAGCUCAUGGAGGUGCAUGGAGAUUACACAGCAGAGGAUGUUGGUGUGAAGGUAGACAGGCCAGCUGAUGAGACAAUGGCUGAGGAACCAACAGAAAUCAUCGGAGCUUAGAGGACUAUAGAUUUGUUUGUUUUUCGCUGGCAAAAAAAAAAGAACCUGAUGUUAUGUCGCCAUUUGUGUGACUGGUUUUGGAUUCGUUUUUGAUGGAUAUCUAUAACUCUCUUAUUGUUUAUCAUGUGUUACCUUUUUUUAUAUUAAACUCCUUAGUUCUACUUUUCAUUACUGGA